AUGCAAGCACAGGCCACGAAGUUCGCCAAACCACUCUCCCUCCUCCACACCAAACCUGCAGGCCCCUCCUUCAAAGACCAAGCAGAAGACUUUGAUGUCAUCACCAUGAGUCCCUCCCACACACCCCCAGCAGCACGCAGCCGUCGGCACUCCCGAGCAUCCUCACGGGCCUCCUCAACAGUCGUGCCGACGCCAUCAGGAGAAGCAGCAAACCCACCCCCAAUACCCACCGCAAUCCCCAGUGGCAGUCGACCAAUAUCAGCGCCCAUUCUCCCCAUUAGCAGCAAGUCCGCGCCUGAUCCUUCGCCUUCAUCUUCCAACGGCAGAUGCACCACACCCCUGCCCGGCAACAGCAUUCCCAUAACCAAGAUCCGACCGCAGCCAGGUCCGCCGUUAGAUGCCGUCUCAGUCGCAGAAGGUACGAACCCUGCGGUGUAUAUGCCAACGAAGGGGGAUGGCUUCCACCAUGAUCCACAUAGAGAGAGGAUUGAGAAGGGAGGGAGUGAUAAGGGCAAGGGAAAGGGGAAGGCAGGGGUAUUCCCGCGGCAGUCGCAGCAGAACUUCCAUUUUGCGAUGAUUGCGAGUAAUAUCGAGAAUGCUUUUGGUGCGAUGCGGUGA